AUGGCUGCUGACGGCUACCGUAUUUCACCUGAGCAGUCAUCUGUCAAUUCCUAUCCUGGACCAAAACAUUCCCAAUCGACCUUAUAUCCUGGAUCCAUUUAUACCUCUUUACACCCUUCACAGAGCGAGCGACAGCUCUACAGGGACUCUUCGCCAGGUCAGCGGAGCAGAAUGGAUGCUGCUUCAUUCCAGAAAGCUCGGCAACCAAUCGAUGACGCAGUUCACUCAGCCGUCGACAAGGCUGAAGCCAACAGUGCAUUACCACCGGAGGUUCUGAGUCAAAUCACAUCCGAGAUCACUGCAAAUGUUCUGCAGAAGCUAAAAGACAGCCCAGCUAUCAAUCCAACCCUUGGCCCUGCUGUUCCUCUCAACGCCCCUACAAACGGCGUGGCGAGUUCUUCCUCGGUGCACUCAGAAAACUCUUCUCCACUACAAAACCGCAAUGUUUACACUCCUCCCUCGCCACGCCGACCCUCCGAUGAAGCCGUGCUUGUUUCGCCCACUUCGCCCACAAAGUCUACCUACUCAGCUCAAGGCCGGUAUUCUCCCGAUCAGGAGAGGAGAGCAGUGUCUCCACCUGGUCAGGUCAGCCAAGCUGACGAAGCCCGCAACGACAAAUCAGAACGACCGAAGGCUCCUACAAGGAAAUCAACAGACAUCACAACCCUAGAGAAGAUCUGGGGACCUCUAUUUGAAGGUAACCGUGCAACAGCAAGGCUUGGUCAAUUCCUCCGGGGUCUGGCAAUACAUCUGAUCGAAGACUAUGAGCCCAAGUACAGCUUAGUGAUCACGCCAUCAAAAAUGCAAAAAUACUAUGAGGACACAAAGCUCUCAAACGAAGUAUAUCCUUGGCAAAUGGUGUUCGAUGACCGCACCUCUUCAAUAUCCCGUCUGUACCGUGAGGUUGAAGCUCAACAUCAUUUAGUACAGGGGAGAAUGGAUGAGAGACCUGAUAUCCCUGCUCUCACGCCGUCUGGUUUUGAAAGAUGGAGCAUACUGAUGCUUUUGGCACACCCAGAGCAAGAAUUUGAAAGACUACAGAAAGCUGUGUUGGACAUGCCGAUCUGUAAUUUUGACGACCGCAAAGAGCGCUUUCCCAAGGAGAUAUCAAGACGCCUUUUCCCAAAGACUCCCGACUCAAACACUCGCGAGAAGGUUGAGAAGGCCAUGAUUACACAUUGCAACAUCAGCCUCCUCAAUCGAAGGCCAAGUGGUGGUGAACCGGGCUCACAACAACCGCAACCCUGGAACAUGGCUAAUCGGGCGGAUUCCGUAGCAUCAGCCACUUCUUCACCACCGUCUUCGAGAACAGAAAAUGCAGCCGCGGCAGCGGCUCAGAAGUCGAACAUAGAACGAGAACGUCAGCCAUAUGUGACUACACAAUCUGAGGGUGCGAUCGAGGACGAGGACGAUGUGCCCACGCCACAGCCUAUUGAGAGGGAAAGAAAGCCUUAUGCUGCCCAGCCAGGAGGUGGUCGCAAUUAUGAUGAUAUCCACCGACCACCAACACCACCUGAGUCUCGGGCUGCUCCUCCGACUCUAGCUACGGCUUCAGCUCCGACGGCUAGGGUUGGUCGGUCACCCUCCGGCGCAAGUAGUUCCGGGAGAGGUAUCGACCCACAGAGGACUCAGCCGAUACCUAUCAAUCCUGGGCCAUAUGCAAGACAGCAAACCCAGUCUAAUAUCGAAGGCUUCUCGACCCCGGAAUCAGCUCAUAAUACUCGGCAUCGAGCCAGUUCUCUACUCAGUCACCCUCAUCCAUCUGGAAGAGCAAUGCGUCAUCGCUCGCCCUCGGCCAAUACCAAAGGAGUGGAGCAUUGGCGGACAGAUGGUGACGGCGCAUUUAGUCCAAGUGCAUAUGCGCCUUCCGGAGAUGCCACUGAAGAUGCACGCAGACAACGUGAUUAUGAGAGACAUUAUCCGCCCGAUAGACACGACCCGAUGAGGUCAAGCAUAUACGAAUUACCCGCACGUGAAAGGGAACCCAGACAGAGAUAUCAAUUCAACGCUGGAUAUGGUGAUUCGAGCAGGGGCCAUUACAACAGUGAUGAAGACUACUAUCGGGCAACAGGUGGAAGAUCACAUAACAGCUAUGACGGGCAGCAGUAUUACAGGUAG